CGCCAUCAGCUCCUUUCCUUUCGAACUCAGCAGCAUUACACCAAAAACCACUACCAAGUACAUUUAAUAUGCACGUCUCGUCGCUCCUUGUAGCUCUCGCGGCCACCGCGUCAGCCAUCGACAUCAGGGCUCACACUGGCGAUAACUGCGCCGGGGGCUCGGUGGCCUGCACGGGCAUCAACCCUAACGUAUGCUGUUCGUUCAGCAGCUCUGCAAGCAGCGGCAGGUCGAGCAUUGCUGUGGUUGCCAUCCCUAGUAACUGGCGCAUCCGCUGUGAGGCGUACACGGGCGGCGGCUGCUCCUUCUUCGGGGGUCAGCGCGACUCGGGCGGCGCCACGAGCGUUUGUCUACCCUACACGACGCGUGGUGAUCGUACGGGGGGCAAGUACUGGUUCCUCAACCGCAAGCGCGCCAUCGACGAGUCGUGCCUCGCUGAUCAGCCCGAUGGCGGGGAAUGCGAGGCCUCCGUCAAGCCCGAUACACUCGGUCUCGCAGACGGCACGGACUAUGACAUCACCGGCCUAACGGAUGAGAAGGUUCAGGAGUUUGUAAGUUGGAUUUAGCUCUGAAAGGAAGAUAACUAUGGGCAUCGCCUUUGUACUAGAUGCUAAUCUGUUUGCUCCACUUCAAGGAGAACAUUGCCAACACCGGCGCCAGUGCCGACGCGGUACCCGCCGAGUUCCAGAGUCUACGCAAGACCGAGGCCUAAGGCUACACAUGAGCCCAUUGAUGAUAGGUUUUAUUUUUAUCGCGAAGGA